AUGAGCACGCCGUCGUUCAAAUGCCAGAAUUGCCAGUGUCCGAUCGACAUGGACCUGUCGCUGAUGGACCUUUCCAUAGCACAGCGCGACAUGAUUGUCAAUUCGGGCGGGGAGCCUACGAACCCCAGCACGUUCAAGAUCCCCCCGGAGCGGCUCUCGCGGCUGCACCAGGUGCGGCGGCCGCACGAAUUGACGGUGGCGGCGGCCCCGGGCGCGGCGGAGUCGUACGUGUUCCUACAGGUCAACGAGGACGGGCUCAACCGGUCCAAACACGCGAUAGAGGAGGAGAGCGGGGAGGAGGAGGAGGACGACAGCUCCAAGACGCUGUCGUCGAACAUCCAGGUGCUGACGAACAUCUUCAACAUCCUGUCGUCCAAGGGGAACAUCGACUACCCGGUUUGCCAUGUGUGCUGCGAGCUGAUGAUGCAGCGUCUGAAGGCCGAGUACGCGGACGCGAUCCGCAAGCGGGACGCGUACUUCGAGUUCAUGGACCGGUUGCAGAAGCAGCACGAGAAGGAGAGCGCGCAGGAGCCCAAACCCGCAUCGGCGGAGGCGGACCUGCUGGCGCAGAAGGACGAGCUCGUCACGAAGCUGGUGGCCCUGGAGCACGAGAACGACAAGCUGGACAAGGAGAUCGAGUCGCUGGAGCAGCAGCUGCGGGAGAAGGAACAGCAGGAGACGCGGGCCGUCCUCAAGCAGAACCUCAAAGACCUGGAGCACAUUGCGUUCAUGAAAGACAUGCAGUCGCUCAAGAACCAGUACGAGCUGACCCUCAACAACCUGGACAAGCUGCGCAAGACCAACAUUUUCAACGAGACGUUCCGCAUCUCCCACAGCGGGCCGUUCGGGACCAUCAACGACCUGCGGCUUGGUGGCUUCAGCCAGGUCCGCGUGCCCUGGCAGGAAAUCAACGCGGCCAUGGGCCAGCUCAUUCUGCUGCUGGCCACCAUUGCAGCCAAAAUCCACUACGAGCUGGACGGCUACCGGCUCAAGCCGCUGGGCUCCUACUCGAAGGUCGAGCGCUUCGAUCCCCACACACAGAGGUGGAAUGUUUACAACGCUUACAGCAAUGACGACUUCAAGAUCGGGAAGCUGUUCCACAAGGAGACUUCGCUGGACAAGGCACUGGAGGCCAUCAUUGCGAUUGUGGACCAGAUUGCCAAGAGGAUUUCGACCCUCUCGAGGGACCACAACGACGGCGGCAUGGAGCUGCCGUACUCCAUGCAAAAGGACAAGAUAAACGGCAUCCCCAUAAAGCUACUUGGCAGUGACCCGACGUUGGAAUGGACCACUUCGUGCAAGUUUCUGCUAACGAAUGCGAAGUGGCUACUAGCUUUUUCGUCUCAGGUGACCUGA